AUGGAUAUAUCAACUCAUAAAAUUGGUGCUUUUGGCAGAAUUUGUCAGGCAAUUUCUGUGUUUCUUUUUAUUUUCGCAAUUCCAACAAUCUCAUCACCACUUUACAAUUCAGAGGCUCCAUCUGCUGCUGGUGAGUACGAUUACGUUGUCGUAGGAAGCGGACCAGGAGGAGGAACCGUAGCCUCAAAUCUCGCUAGAGCGGGUUACUCCGUCCUACUUGUGGAGGCCGGUGAUCUAAGCAAUGCAGGAUCUGGUGGCCAAUAUCCCCCUCAAUUGACAUAGGACUUCUUCGUAAAACAUUAUGAAGACUCUGCAAGACAAAACAGAUACAGCCAUCUGACCUGGAGAACGAAGGAGGGUUCCUACAGGGUCGGCCGAGACAACCCACCCGCUGGCGCAAAGCUGUUGGGCUUUUAUUAUCCAAAAGGAAGUACAGUUGGCGGUUCGUCGAUGAUAAACCAGAUGGUGACUUUCUUGCCUCCUGAGAGUGACUGGAAUUAUAUCGCCAAUCUAACGGGAGAUCAAUCAUGGAGGUAACGAGAUAGGCGUAAGCGAAAAAUGAAUAUCCUAUGCUAACUGGAUUACAGUGCGGCAAACAUGCGUUCAGUAUUCACACGAAUCGAACACAAGAACUAUCUCACGAAGGGAACAGCCGGCCAUGGAUUUGACGGUUUCUUCCAGGUAUCAAUGGCCAAGGCGCAAAACGUUCAGAAUCCAGGUCUUGCUGUGUUGAACGCUGCUGCUGCCACAUUCAACCAACAAACUAGUCAAGUUACAACUCUGCUUAACACGGAUCCUAAUAGAGCAGAUCUAAAUAGAGAUCAGACAAUUAGCAUCUUUAGCCUUCCGUCGUAUACUAAAACCAAUAGACAACGAUUCAGUUCUAGGGAUUAUAUCUAGGACACUAUUAAUAGAAAGUUCAACUUAACUCUUUCCGUAAAUUCUCUUGUUACAAGAGCUCUAUUCAGUAGCACAAAAUGUGAUAGAAAACCUCGAGCUACUAGUGUCGAAUUCUUGACUGGCAAAUCAAUAUAUAAGGCGGACCCUCGUUAUAACUCGAACAACAAAGGAACCAUCAAGCAGGUCACAGCGUGGAAAGAAGUUAGUAAGUGAACUUCAAAUUUCUGCCAAAACAUACUUUCUUUGCACUCAGAGCAUGCUUGAACUUCAUAUUCCGUUUGACACUGCUGACCUUAAGAAUUUUACAGUAAUAUCUGGUGGUGCGUUCAACACCCCACAAAUCCUCAUGCUCAAGACAAAUCACGCCCUUUACAACGAACGGGAUAUCCUCGUAUUCCAUGGACCUUUUGUGUUUCGCGGGUUCUGGCCCAGUAAUCAAACGAAUGUCGCUUUGCCCAAUGAUCCUGUUGGAGUUUACGGCAUGUCAAUGGUCAAAAUGCAUCCACAGAACACUGCUGGCACGGUGAAGCUUACAUCUUCGAAUCCCCAGGAUAUACCAGAUAUCAACUUCAAUCUCUCCAAAAUCGGCCGUGAGACAGAUCUGGGUGCCAUGAAAGAUGUUGUUACAUGGGCAAGAGGAGUUUACGGGGCUAUCAAAGCACCAGCAGGACCCGUGAAGUUACUAGAGCCACCACCAGGAAAAACUAAGGCAGAAGAUGAGGAUUGGAUAACAGCCCAGACUUUUGGACAUCACCCAACAAGCACGUCUACAAUUGGGAGUGACAAUGAUCCUAUGGCCGUGUUAGACUCGAGAUUCCGAGUUCGUGGAGUGACAGGACUGAGAGUGGUGGAUGCGAGCACCUUCCCCCGAAUUCCCGGAGUCUUUCCUGUGGUAGCGACAUUCAUGGUUGGUCAGAAAGGAUCUGAUACGAUCAUUGAGGAUGUAAAAAAGCCGGAUGUAUGCUGA